AAAAAAAAAAGAAGAAAUAACGUAGGGUGUUAUAAGAAGGAUAAAAGAAAUUUAAACUAUAGGACAAUUGGAUAUUCCGAAGUGAUAUUUUCUAAAGAAUUUUGCCACACGGAAAUCUCGAUUAUAGAGCAAAGCGGAUGAAUAAAUAUCGUACGAGUUUAUGCUCUUAUUGCGCGAUCGCCUUUAAGGUUACGACCUAGGAUAUGUAAUAUUGAGUGGGAAGGGGUGGGGAGAAAGAGCGAGCGAGCGAACGAGUAAGAAUCAGGGCGGGGGUAAGCAGCGCGUCAUUUCGUGCUAGGACGCCGGCCUGUGUAGAUUUUCUGUGUGUCAAGCUUUCUUUCCGCGAGUUUCUUUUUUUUUUUCUUUCUCUUUCUCUUGUAAUAAAUCUUUAACAACGAAAAAUCAUGUCGGUUGUAUAUAAAAAUACAAUGAAAGCUCUUGGGAAAUAUGUGCCUGAAAAACUUCAACCAUUUUGGAAUCAUCCAGCCGCUGCCUUCAAGCUGUCGUUCAAGCUGCCUUCGAUAAUAAGUAUCCAUGGGAUUUGUGCUUUCAGGACCACAGACCAUAUUUUUCUGGGCACCAGCUGUAAAAUGGGGACUUGUGAUAGCAGGUUUAGGCGACUUACAAAGGCCAGCCGAUAAAAUUUCUAUUGGACAGUCUUCUUCAUUGGCCGUUACUGGAGUCAUUUGGACGAGAUAUUCUUUGGCGAUCACACCAAAAAAUUGGAGUCUUUUCAGCGUGAACUUUUUUGUCGCAUGUACAGCACUUUAUCAAAUUUCUAGAGCGAUAAAAUAUCAACGAGAACAAGCAGCUUUAAACAGUCAAUCAUCAAAAAGCAGCUAGUAAUAAUUAUCGCGAAAUUGCAUUCCUAGAAAAAGAAGAUAUGGCGAGUGUUGGAUGAAAACGAUUUUUAAGGCGAAAAGAAGAAAAAAAAAAAAAAAGAAAAAAGAAGUAAGAAGAAAGAAGAAUUAGCAUUACGUACGUUGACGUACAAAUGCUCGUUGUACAGAUUCGAAGUUCAAACGAACAUCGAUGAAAAUUUCGUACGAAUAUUUAGAACGAUAUUAAAUUUCACAUUACGUCGUCAAUGCUUUUUGUUUAUUCAACAAAAGCAUACAGAAAAGACGCGAUGAUUUAUCAAUAAUUAAACAUAUAAAUAUUCAUAUACAUAUAAAUAUAUACAUAUAUAUAUAUAUAUAUAUAUAUAUAUAUAUAUAUAUAUAUACAUAUAAUAUAUACCGAAUGCAUGCAGUGCAUGCAGAUGAAUGGUACAAAUCGGACCAUGUAGACUUAUCGACGCGUCGACCACUGUAGGAAGUUGUAACAUAAAUUACAUAAUAUGAGAACAAGUGUCUACGUUUCUAACUGUAAUGUCGUAUGUAAAAGAUGCCACAAAAUUAUUUAAUAACCGAUCAUAUACUAUAUAUUGGUUAUACAUCGGAAAUUGUUACAAAUAGCAUAAGUACAAACGGGAAACCCGAUGAACUUAAUAAAAACAACAUUCGUUCAUCGUGAUAUAAUUUACAUUUAAUCGCUAUAUUAUAUCUAUAUUAUUGACUUGCAUUCCCGCAUUAUUAUUGAUAAUAUCGUGCAUCAUCUUAUUGUAAAUAUAUUUAUCUUCCUACGAGCUCCUACUCUACCUCCGAAACUACGAUUUAAGGAUUUUAAUUAUGACGAAUAUAUUUGACAUCAACGUCGGCUAAUUCGAAAAUAUUGUAAUAGAUGUGUACAAAUUCUAUACUUUUAAUCGACAUUGUUGUAAUUGAUUCUUGAAGAUUGUUGAAAUAAAGUACGGGUAAAGAAGAAAUCCGA